AGUUCGAUUGGAACAAUUGGUGUGCGCGGAGAAAAGUAACAAGUGUACAGUUUUUUCUCACUACAACCAUAUAUAUAAAUUAUUUAGCUAUAUAGGAGAGGAUUUUUUUCCACAACUAUACAGCAUUUUGUGCACGAAUAUCCCUGUUAAAUAUGCAAAAGAAUAUUUGAUUAUUGCUUGAGAACAAUUGCAAAAAAACUAAACGAAAUGUAAGAGAUGUGGUGAAGUUUGUUAAUUUGCAAACGCCAAGUGUGAACAACGGUGCAAGAGGGCGAGAGUUGUGAAAAGAAAAGAAUUUGCUAUAUACACAAAGUGAUUUUCCAUUUUGGAUAUAAAAAGAAAAAAAUCCAUUUUAAUAAAUAAUUUAAAACAUGAUUUAUCUAAUGAUAAAAUUAAGUGUUCAUCUCAUUGUGAUUUCCAUCAUACUUCCGUCAGUGUUUGGUAUUAUCGAUAGGCUUGUGGUGCAGACGAGCACAGGGCCAAUUAGGGGACGCUCUGUGCACGUACAGAAUCGCGAGGUGCACGUUUUCCAUGGGAUCCCCUAUGCAAAGCCACCAGUAGAUAAUUUGAGAUUUCGCAAACCCGUACCCGUGGAGCCAUGGCAUGGGGUCCUGGAUGCAACGCGAUUGCCCUACUCCUGCAUCCAAGAAAGGUAUGAGUACUUUCCUGGAUUUCCGGGUGAAGAAAUGUGGAAUCCCAAUACAAACAUCUCCGAGGAUUGCUUGUACUUGAAUGUGUGGGUCCCUGUGAAGGGUCGGGUCCGCCAUUCGCACUUCCAGAGUCACGAGACGACAUCAACGGAACGCAAUGAGCAUCAUCAUCACAAUAGUCAUCACAACAAAUCCGCAGGAUUGCCGAUGCUCGUGUGGAUCUAUGGUGGUGGCUACAUGAGUGGCACAUCCACGCUGGACAUCUACAAUGCCGAAAUCCUUGCGGCAAUGGGGAAUGUCAUUGUGGCCUCUAUGCAGUAUCGUGUUGGUGCUUUUGGGUUCCUCUACUUGUCUCCGGAUGAGUUUCCCUAUCCCGAUGCCGCACCUGGGAAUCAGGGCAUGUGGGAUCAAGCUCUUGCCAUACGAUGGCUCAAGGACAAUGCCAGAGCUUUUGGUGGGGAUCCUGAUCUCAUUACGCUCUUUGGGGAAUCAGCUGGUGGUGGAGCUGUGAGCCUACAUCUGCUCUCUCCCGUAACACAGGGCUUGGUGCGUCGUGGAAUCCUUCAGUCAGGCACCCUCAAUGCCCCCUGGAGUCACAUGACGGGGGAACGGGCGACAAAAAUUGGAAAAGCUCUCAUUGAUGACUGCAACUGCAAUUCAUCGCUACUGCAGGAUUCACCCGUGCUCGUGAUGGAGUGCAUGCAGAAUGUCGACGCUAAAACAAUCUCGGUACAGCAAUGGAACUCAUACUCUGGCAUUUUGGGAUUUCCGUCUGCGCCCACAAUUGAUGGUGAAUUCAUGCCUUACGAUCCCGACAUUAUGCUCCAGCGGGCUGAUUUGACGGGAAUUGAUAUUCUUGUUGGGAGCAACAAAGAUGAGGGCACUUACUUUCUGCUGUAUGACUUUAUUGAUUACUUCUCGAAGGAUGUGGCAACGUCACUGCCGCGGGAAAAGUUUCUAGAAAUCAUGAACACCAUCUUCAGCAAGGCAUCAGAGGCUGAGAGAGAGGCAAUUAUUUUUCAGUAUACGAGCUGGGACAGCGGCAAUGAUAAUCACAAUCAGCAGCAAGUUAGCAAGGCUGUUGGGGAUCAUUUCUUUAUCUGUCCCACAAAUGAAUACGCCGAAGGUUUUGCUCAACAGGGGGCCUCUGUAUAUUACUACUACUUCACCCACCGCACCAGCACAUCACUGUGGGGUGAAUGGAUGGGGGUUCUGCAUGGCGAUGAAAUAGAAUACAUCUUUGGGCAGCCACUGAACAUAUCACUGCAAUACCGUGAACGUGAGCGGGCACUCAGUACACAAAUGUUGCGAGCUUUCACAGAAUUUGCAAGGACGGGUGUUCCCGAAUUGGAGGGAGAAACAUGGCCACUAUACAGCAGAAAUGAUCCCCGAUACUACAUCUUCAAUGCAGAAGGAACUGAGCAGUCAACUGAGAAAUUUGGACGCGGCCCAAUGGCACCGUCUUGUGCUUUCUGGAAUAAAUUCCUUCCUAAAGUUCGCAAUUGGGCCAGUCCACAUUUAUGUGAGUCACGGGAUAUAAACGAUAACUCCAUUUCAUCCGCCGGAAGGCCUAUCAUCUACCUUCUCUACAUUAUUGUAGGAUUAAUUGUCUCAACAAGUGAGUAUUUGAACAAAUUGUAAAGAAAAACGUGAAAGAAAAAAAAAGAUUUUACUUAACAACCAAAAAUAAAAA